AGCGGCGCAGAGGGGCGGGCCCGCGCCGCGCGCAGCGCUCGGGCUGGAGCGCCUGAAGCCGCGACCGCCGCCUCAGCCGCCUCAGCCGCGGUCGCCGCCGCUUCUGCCGACUUAGGCUCCGCCGCCGCCUCCUCACCCGCCUCGCCCCGACCCCGCCCGGGCCUCCCGGCCUCUCCCCGCCGGCCCGUGGGCUCGCCGUCCGGCGCAGGGCAGCACAUUGGAGAUAUAUUUCCACAGCAUCUGGCUUUUCUUGUUCCUGCUCUGAAGUAAAUGUAACUGCUAUCCUCUGGAGGACUGUCUACGAGAGAGAAGCUCCCCACGUGGUUCCGUGUAAAUACCUAGGAGUGGGCUUUUCUAGAUCACAUGGUUGGUAGGCUCCACGACAAAAGUCAACCCUUCUGUAAAUCACCUGCUGUGGUUAUGAUGCUCUGAGUUCAAUACGUCUGAACCUUUGCUGUCUAUGGAUCUGCUCUAAACCUUAUAGCCUGCUUAUGGGGGAAGUUCCCAGGUCCCCCUUCAGUGAGGUCUUCCUGAUGGAUGCUGAUAUGGUCUGGCUGUGUCCCCACCCAAAUCUCAUCUUGAAUUGUAGCUCCCACAAUUCCUACAGGUCAUGGGAGGGACUCAGUGGGAGCAUCUCAUCUUGUCUAAACGGGGAGAGUGGCCAUCUGUCCGAUACCCGCAUCAAACCUGAUCGUUCCCAGCCUCACAGAGCUGCUUUGUUCCAAGGUGACGCCUUCUGGGCCCCAUCUGUCCUUCCUCACAGCACCCUCAGCGCCUUAAGCCACCACCCUCAGCCACAAUUUGGCAGAAGGAUGGAGUCCAAGGUCUCAGAAGGUGGCCUGAACGUGACCCUCACCAUCCGCCUGCUGAUGCAUGGAAAGGAAGUUGGAAGCAUCAUCGGGAAGAAAGGAGAAACUGUGAAGAAGAUGCGUGAGGAGAGUGGUGCAAGGAUCAACAUCUCAGAGGGAAACUGCCCAGAGAGGAUUGUGACCAUCACAGGCCCCACAGACGCCAUCUUCAAGGCCUUUGCCAUGAUCGCAUACAAGUUUGAGGAGGAUAUCAUCAACUCCAUGAGCAACAGCCCUGCCACCAGCAAGCCCCCAGUGACGCUGAGGCUGGUGGUACCUGCCAGCCAGUGCGGGUCCCUGAUCGGCAAAGGAGGCUCCAAGAUCAAGGAGAUCAGGGAGUCCACAGGUGCCCAGGUGCAGGUGGCUGGGGACAUGCUGCCCAACUCCACAGAGCGAGCGGUGACCAUCUCGGGGACCCCAGAUGCCAUCAUCCAGUGCGUCAAGCAGAUCUGUGUGGUCAUGCUGGAGUCCCCACCGAAAGGUGCCACCAUUCCCUACCGCCCAAAGCCCGCCUCCACCCCUGUCAUUUUUGCAGGUGGUCAGGUAAGAGCCGAUCCGCUCGCGGCCUCCACUGCCAACCUCAGCCUUUUACUGCAGCACCCGCCGCUGCCCGCCUACACAAUCCAGGGACAGUAUGCCAUCCCUCACCCGGAUCAGUUGACCAAGCUCCACCAGUUGGCCAUGCAGCAAACCCCCUUUCCUCCCCUCGGACAGACCAACCCCGCUUUCCCCGGAGAAAAGCUGCCUUUACACUCCUCCGAAGAAGCUCAAAAUCUGAUGGGCCAGUCAUCAGGACUACAAGCAAACCCUUAAGGAGGAAGAUCAGUCUGUGCUGGAUUUGCCUGCACCCCUCCCGACUUGCAUUAAAAUGUUCAUUCCUCAGAUACUGUGGGGUAGCACAUAGAUUUGUAGAUUCAGUGACCAAGGCCAUGAAACAGACACAGUUGUUUGCCUGGGGCUUAGCAGGUUCCUAGGUGCCCGUGAAGAAGAUGCUACACACGCACCACACCUUGUGGCUCCAUGUGCACAUGGCCGGUGCCACAGUGGCUUCCUGGUGGCCAGGCAGGUGUCCUGUAAUGACCCUCCCCUCACCAAGGCCCUGGGGACUGCAGUGCACACACAUGCCAGCCACAGCAGGGUUAAAUUGGGUGGGCAGCGAUGGGAGGUGUUUGUGGCCUCUUUGAAUGCUGCGGCCAGGAGACUUCCAGCGUGGGCUUGGACUGCAGGUUGGGGCAGCCUCCUUUACCCCUGGUACCUGGAAUGUCGUCGUCAUCAUAAGAAACAGACUCACCUGGGCCGUGCUGUCCUGAGAUGAGUGAACACGUCGGCCAUGCCGUCCUGAGAUGAACAAACACCUGGGCCAUGCCGUCCUGAGAUGAACGAACACCUGGGCCAUGCUGUCCUGAGAUGAGUGAACAUGUCGGCCAUGCCGUCCUGAGAUGAACAAACACGUCGGCCAUGCUGUCCUGAGAUGAACAAACACAUCGGCCAUGCCGUCCUGAAAUGAAUGAACACAUCAGCCAUGCUGUCCUGAAAUGAAUGAACACAUCGGCCAUGCUGUCCUGAGAUGAAUGAACACCUGGGCCAUGCUGUCCUGAAAUGAAUGAACACGUCAGCCAUGCCGUCCUGAGAUGAACGAACACCCGGGCCAUGCUGUCCUGAGAUGAACGAACACCUGGGCCAUGCUGUCCUGAGAUGAACGAACACCUGGACCAUGCUGUCCCGAGAUGAAUGAACACAUCGGCCGUGCCGUCCUGAGAUGAAUGAACACAACGGUCAUGCUGUCCUGAGAUGAAUGAACACCUGGGCCAUGCCAUCCUGAAAUGAAUGAACACAUUGGCCAUGCUGUCCUGAGGUGGAUGAACACCUGGUCCAUGCCAUCCUGAGAUGAAUGAACACAUCGGCCAUGCCGUCCUGAGAUGAAUGAACACAUCGGCCAUGCUGUCCUGAGAUGAACAAACACCUGGGCCAUGCUGUCCUGAGAUGAACGAACACCUGGGCCAUGCCGUCCUGAGAUGAACGAACACGUCGGCCAUGCCGUCCUGAGAUGAACGAACACCCGGGCCAUGCUGUCCUGAAAUGAACGAACACCUGGGCCAUGCUGUCCCGAGAUGAAUGAACACGUCAGCCGUGCCAUCCUGAGAUGAAUGAACACAACGGUCAUGCUGUCCUGAGAUGAAUGAACACCUGGGCCAUGCCAUCCUGAAAUGAAUGAACACAUUGGCCAUGCUGUCCUGAGGUGGAUGAACACCUGGUCCAUGCCAUCCUGAGAUGAAUGAACACAUCAGCCAUGCCGUCCUGAGAUGAAUGAACACAUCGGCCAUGCUGUCCUGAGAUGAACGAACACCUGGGCCUUGCCGUCCUGAGAUGGAUGGACACCUGGUCCAUGCCGUCAUGAGAUGAAUAAACACAUCAGCCAAGCUAUCCUGAGAUGAAUGAACACAUCAGCCAUGCUGUCCUGAGAUGAACGAACACCUGGGCCAUGCUGUCCCGAGAUGAAUGAACACAUUGGCCGUGCCGUCCUGAGAUGAAUGAACACAACGGUCAUGCUGUCCUGAGAUGAAUGAACACCUGGGCCAUGCCAUCCUGAAAUGAAUGAACACAUCGGCCAUGCUGUCCUGAGGUGGAUGAACACCUGGUCCAUGCCAUCCUGAGAUGAAUGAACACAUCAGCCAUGCCGUCCUGAGAUGAAUGAACACAUCGGCCAUGCUGUCCUGAGAUGAACGAACACCUGGGCCUUGCCGUCCUGAGAUGGAUGGACACCUGGUCCAUGCCGUCAUGAGAUGAAUAAACACAUCAGCCAAGCUAUCCUGAGAUGAAUGAACACAUCAGCCAUGCUGUCCUGAGAUGAGUGAACACCUGGGCCAUGCCGUUCUGAGAUGAAUGAACACAUCGGCCAUGCUGUCUUGAGAUGAAUGAACACAUCAGCCAUGUCGUUCUGAGAUGAAUGAACACAUCGGCCAUGCCGUCUUGAGAUGAAUGAACACAUCAGCCAUGUCGUUCUGAGAUGAAUGAACACAUCGGCCAUGCCGUCUUGAGAUGAAUGAACACAUCAGCCAUGUCGUUCUGAGAUGAAUGAACACAUCGGCCAUGCCGUCUUGAGAUGAAUGAACACAUCAGCCAUGUCGUUCUGAGAUGAAUGAACACAUCGGCCAUGCCGUCUUGAGAUGAAUGAACACAUCAGCCAUGUCGUUCUGAGAUGAAUGAACACAUCGGCCAUGCCGUCUUGAGAUGAAUGAACACAUCAGCCAUGUCGUUCUGAGAUGAAUGAACACAUCGGCCAUGCCGUCUUGAGAUGAAUGAACACCCGGGCCAUGCUGUCCUGAGACGAAUGAACACCUGGGCCAUGCUGUCUUGAGAUGAAUGAACACAUCAGCCAUGCUCUCCUGAGAGGGAUGAACACCUGGGCCUUGCCAUCCUGAGAUGAAUGAACACAUUGACCGUGCUGUCCUGAGAUGAAUGUCCUGGUUAUGCAGACAUUUCUUUAUAUUAUUUGCUUAACUUUAAUGCCCUCCUAGGAAGAUUUCCCAUACUUUCCUCCCUUCAAUCAAAAUAUCCCAAGUUCAACAGGUCUGGCUCACUCCUCUCUAUUCAUCUAAGGUCUACUUUGUUCAGGAAUUUCUGUCUAGGACUCAGGCAGGACCAAGGAAAUCUUUUCAGUGACAUUUUAAAUAUCACUGUUUAUGGAAUGUGUAUAGAUAAUUGAAUAACCAAAUAAGUGUUGUUUUGAAAGUAUCUUUAUU